CUUCUACCUUGUGUCAAAGGUUGGAAAGCCGGUGGGCUGUCUUAAAGUCAAGAAAGUCCACACAGCAGAAGGGCAAUUAUGUAAAACAGAUACAUAGACUGAGUACAAAUAAUUAGUUUUAGCGAAUUCUCUUCAAACAAACUGCCUUCUUCAGGACGCACGCGCCGCUCGCUGAUUUCUAAGACUGAAAUAAUCAUCCCUGAAAGUCUGCUUGUGUGCAACAUUUAACAUCUGCUGAGAUGGCCAGCCAGUCCCUGAUGCCAGCUGAAGCGUGAUGCAUCCAGAGGAGCGCAGAGCAGGCCGUGCCCUGCAGAGACGUCGAGCAGAUUUAGCCCCUUGGGGCACUCUGAGCACUGGCCUUCUGCAGGGCCUCAUCCAGAAUGCCAGGCCUCGUUCCUUCUGCUUCUUUCUCCCCAGGGUGCAUGCAGCUGAUGUGGCUGCUUCCCAGCCGACACAGAUGCCCUCUUUUUCCCCCUCCUCCCCCUCUACCAGUUCAUCUCCUGCACCCCUCCCCUCUUCCAGCACCCUGCCAAGCAAUGUGGGCAAGCCAGAGUUCCCAGACACAGGAUGGGAACGCAUCAAGGACCUCUUUGACAGAGAAGCGACACAUAAAUACCCAGAGGAGCUGACCAACGUGAUUAAGGGCGGCCUUGUGGCCGCACUCGCCGGCCUGAUCUACGGCGGCCUGCCAGCAGCUCGCCACGCCAGGGAGAGGUAUAUCCAGAGCAGCCAGGCGGAAAUCUAUACGAGCAGAGUGGACGCAGUGCGCUCUGCUCACAACGCAGCGAUCCGGGGCUUUGUCAGAUACGGCUGGAGAUGGAGCUGGAGAGUGGCUGCUUUUGUCACCUUGUUCAAUUCUGUUAGCACAGGACUUUCUGUGUACAGAGACAAGAACGACAUCAGUCAUUAUGCCGCUGCUGGAGCUGUGACUGGAGGACUCUUCAGGCUGAACCUGGGUCUGGGAGGUCUGGUGGCAGGGACGAUCAUCGGGGCAGUGCUGGGGAUUCCCAGCGGUGCAUUGAUCAUCAGCAUGCAGUCUUUGGGAGGAGAAAGCGCCAUAGAGAGGAGGAGGAGGGAGCGCAGUGAGCUCUAUGAUCUCAGACUAGCAGAAUGGGAAGCUCGUCUGCAGUUGACAGAUGAGCUGAUUGGAGAUUUGAAUACCAGCUCUCAGGCGGAGGAAACCAGUAAGGACAUGCAAAGGAUCCAGGAACUGCUGAGUUCACCACCGAACGAGGACAUGAUUCAGGAUCACUGAGCCUGUGAUGUGUUGGACGUUACAGGUGGGACUUCACACAGCUUUGAGGAUUAAUAAAAGGCUGUCUUUAUUUUCACCUGGACUCCUUCUCUGGAUCUGUUUCACAUCGUGUGUGCGUGCGUGCGUGUGUGCACCUUUUCAAUUCCUGUUUUAUUGCACACAGUUAAAAAAAAAAAAAUGUACUUAUAUUUAAUUCUCCAACAUUAUAAAGUUCAAGUGCAGCAUCAGAUUUGAAACAAAGUGACAAAUAAAGGUCCAAAGAAAGCUUAUGGGCUUAGAUUAAUUAUGACAUUAUGAAAUGUAUUUACCAGUAUCCACAUGUAGUGAGAAAAUAUGUGAUAGUCAUAAUCAGUCAUGAUACACCUCAAUCACACUUCAUCGACUGAAAGAAAGAGUCUUCAAAUUCAGCAUAACCCGUCUUCCUUUUUUGAGUUGUUCCAGUCUGGAAUAAAUCUGAAUAAAACAUAUCAACAAGUA